AUGCCCCCUCCACCGCCACCACCACCUCCAAUGCCUAUGAUGGGUGGCCCUCCACCGCCACCUCCGCCGCCGGGAGGUCCUCCAGGAGCCGGUGCUUUGCCUGCAAAACCACCCGCAGGAGCGAACAGAGGUGCUCUUCUCUCGGAUAUCACCAAAGGCAAGGCUCUCAAAAAAGCCGUUACGAACGACAGGUCUGCCCCGAUAGUUGGAAAGCCGUCCGGCGGUUCGGGAGGUCCGCCCAUAGGAGGUGCACCACCUGUUCCAGGCGCAGGAGGUCUGCCUAAAUCUCCCAGCGGCCUAGCACCUCCAGUACCAGGCAAUCGUGCUAGGAGCAAUAGUGACGAGAGCGGACGGGAAAGCACACCCGCUCCAUCGGUGGAUGCAGCACCACAACUGGCCGGUCUAUUUGCCGGCGGCAUGCCAAAGCUGCGCAAGACCCGUGGAGCAGUCGACACCGGAGCUUCUGCGGACUCGUCGUACCUUUCGGAUCACGAGAAUAAUGUACGAUCAUCCUCUGCACCAAGGCCACCAACUUUCGGAGCACCAAAGCCUCCGGGCGGUGCGGCGCCGGCCCCGCCAGGAAGGCCGAGCCUGCCUCCUCCCAAUGCUGCUCCAGCACUGCCCCCAUCGAUCGCCAACCUGCGCAAGACAACGGGCGAUGUACCCAGGCCCAACUCGUCAGCAUCCAUGAAAGGACCCCCGCCUCCCAUUGGCAAGAAGCCUCCACCACUACCUGCAUCCCGGAAACCGUCUACUGCGCUCUCCAGUCAUCCUCCUCAGUUACCGGGUGUAUCAGCUCCUGGAGCUCCUCCUCCUCCCCCCCCAUCAGCUGCUCCAGCACCUCCCCCGUCCGCACCCCCAUCGGCUCCGCCACCCCCCCCUGCCGCUGCUGCACCUCGAGCCCCCGUACCGUCACCACCCUCACGCUCCCCGGCCCCUCCACCACCCCCACCGGCUUCGAACGGGCCUUCGCCGUUGGCAAUGCAGGCUGCUCUACGGGCGGCUGGACAAGCAUCCCCCAGUGCAGCUCCUCCGCCCCCGCCUUCAAACGCACCAUUGCCCCCUGCUGCGCAUCCCCCGCCAACAGCUCCCCCUUCACGAGCUCGCGCUGGUUCUGGACUUCGCUCCUCUAUGCUGGAUCCAAGCGCAUUCACUCUGGCUCCCAACGGUGCAAAAAGUCCUAGCCCUACCCGCUCCAACACGACAGCUGGUCUGCAUGCUGGUGGUGGUGGUGGUGGCCAACGUUAUAUUGUUCAAGAUCCGCGGUGGAAGUUCCAAGACGAGGCGAUGCUACCAAAACCGAGGGACUUUGUUGGCGGUCCUCGACGCUAUAGAGCUGGCAGGGGUAGCAGUGUUCCCCUUGAUCUGAGCGCUCUGUAA